AUGUUGACUGAAAGCAGGAAAAGGCAGCACAGUAGCAGUGAUGAGAGUGGCCACCUGGUUCCUCAAGCCAAGCGGCAGAACCGAGCACAUCCGCUCUCGCCUGAGCCAGGACGGGAUGCCUGGGACUCUGAGUCGUCCAACAGCUCCAGCAGCCUCAGCAGCCCGGAGCACGCGUCGGGCAGCCGCUGCGUCGCGGGCCCCUGCAGCCCCCUCGGCUCCGUAGUCCCAGGCGACCCGCCCGCGUCCUAUCUGCACAUCAACCGCAUCCUGAGGGAGGCGCACUUCCAGAGCCUGCACAACCGCUGCCAAGUGCAGGAGACGCAGGAGUGA